CAUUCACUGAGAUGGCAAGGCGAAGGAAGAGGAACAGCGGUCUAACCUCUGACCUUUACUACAGCACUGGUCUUAGCAAUACACAUGAAGCUAAAAGCAAAGAAUAUGAGUCUUUCCAGUACCCCGCUGAUUUACCAGAUUCACCUCCACCUCCUCCUCCACCUCGUCCUUUACCCCCAAUCCCUCCAUCUUUGCCAUCUAUUAAAGUCAGCACUCUCCCUGCCAACUCUACACAACCUGAGCGAUUUGAUUGGCUCAUAGCAUUUACACCUGAUGGUGAAGCCCCACCCCUGGAAAUGAGAAAAUCUCAUAUGGAAGCUCAAAAGAAGCUCAGUUCUCCAGGGUCAGCUCCAGGGUCAGCUCCAAAGGUCACAAGUUUUAAAGAGAUGCGUUUCCGCAGCAAGAACGCCUCCCCCCAAACAAAGGUGAUCACUGACCCAGAUCCUGACCCAACAGUUAUUACUCCAGAUCCAGAUAUACUGUACAACCUGAGGUGGAGAAGAGAGACGGUGGGCAGCGAUGGAAACCAAUGGGAGUACACCUCUCAGGCUCAGGCCUUCUUCAUGCAGCCGCCACCAGCCCUCACUUCAAUGGCUGCUCUGAAGGAAAUGCUCCAGAGAGCGGACAAGGAGGGUGGACAACCGGAGCUGUGCCCAUCACAGAAGAUUGGCUGCUCAGUGAGUGACAGCAGCCUGUGGACCAUGGGCAGAGAGUGGGAGUGUGAUGAAGUUAAGAGGGAGGAGAAGGAAGGCAAAGAAGAACAAGAACAAGAACAAGAAAAACAAGAAGAAAAACAAGAGGAGAAAGAGGUGGAGGUGAGAGGACGAGCUGAUGGAGAAAGGACUUUUGAAUCAAGAACUACGGUUUCCUCCCCCCCACUGUCUCUCGCCCAGUCCUCCCAACCCUACUUCCUCCACACUGCCUUCCCUUCCUAUUGCCCAGGCUACUGUAACUCCCAGCCCUUUGCAGAUCCUAGACCCCUUAGCCACGUAGGCAGGGAGUCCACAGACAAAUAUUGCAGCACACAGUGGGCCCCUGCUGCCAGCUCAGCUGCUAUACACAGAGAUGAUUCCAGUACGGAUUUGAGCUCUGGGUUUAACUAUGAAUCCCAGGCUGAUUGUGAUGUAGACUCUCCUGAUUAUGGGAAUAUCUUUAACACACACAGGGACUUUGAGUCUGACUCUAUCUCUAAUUUUGACUCUCUGUACUGUAGUGCCUCAGAGAAGCAGAGCGACACACACACCAAUUCAGACAAACCUGUUAGUGGCACCACAGAGGCUCAAGGCUGCACCACCCCAUAUAAGAACAUUGAUGUCAUGAUGACAUUAUCAAACAGUGUCAAUGGUAUGGAUUCGCUGUACUCUGGAAAACACUCACACACAGACCCCAACAGCAACAAGGCCAGGACAUCUAAAGAGCUUCCUCCUCUCCCCACAUAUUACCUGUACCACCCUAAAAACUGCCCUCUGCACAGGGGUGCGCCCCCUCGCCUUUCCCCUAUCGGAGCCCUCUCCCCUCCCCAGCGCUCAGGUGCGCCCCCUCCAGGCGCAGCAGGCUCCUGCCUCAGUUCCCCGCUUUUUCCCCGCUCUCACACCUUGCCUGCCCUCGCUGCUCCCCUCUACUAUCCAAACCUCUACCCUCCUAUACCGCCCAGGGCACCCCCCCUACCCCCAAAACUCUACCAGGCUCCUCCGCAGUCACGCGUGGCGACUGUUCGUAGUGUGUCGUUUGCGGGCUCAGUACAGAGGACAGAGACAUCCUGGAUGGGCGAAGAUGUGAAGCAUCCAAUGAGAGGUCUGGGCCUGUCCUCUUUCUGCCUGCAGGAAAAAAAAGCUCUGGUCAGUGCUGUCAGUGUGGCAGUGGAAGCCAUCUUGGCCCAGUUCAGCUCUUCUCGGACUGUAGUUCAAAAGGCCUUAUCAGGAGACAGCACUAUAAAUCCAUCUCUGGGCCGGCUGGUGCUGCAGUGCCUCUGCCCUGCCCUGCACAGCUUGCUGACCGAUGGCUUGAAACCCCACCAGAGUGACCUGAUUGCAGGAAGGAGGCCAAACUCCGCCUGGGGUCUGGUCCAGACUUCAACCAGACCAGGUCCAAAAACACAGGCCUUGUUUAACCUACAAGUUCGAGUUGGAGAGCUGCCCCAGCUGAGACAGAGCAAACACAGGUUCAAUGCAUUCCUCCUUGGCCUGCUGAAUACCAAACUUCUUGAUUUCUGGCUGUCUCACCUUCAGUCCUGCAGUGAUGUCCUGGAGACGUAUUACCGUCCCACCUCCUUUAUGCGUCUGUCACUGACCACCUGCCAGUCUCUGUUCGAGGAGCUGCUCCUCGUUUUGCAGCCUCUCAGCCUGCUGACCUUCAACCUCGACCUGCUCUUCCAACACCACCAUUUAGAGCCAGAUAGUCACAGUCCAGAGAUCCCCAGUCCACCUUGUCAGGAUGCUGGAUUCCAGCUCUCAAAAGAGGGGUCCACAACCAAACCCACAGGCUGCAGAAGCCUGUCAGAAGUAAACUUUGGAAGCCCAGAACAUCAGGCAGCCAAAGAGAAAUCGUCACCAUUAGCUAAUCCAAAGAACGGAGGAUCAGGGCAGUCAACACAUAGCAGUGCUGCACCCAUAAAGGCUUCAGUCGCUCUAGGGCAGACAAGCCCUCAGCUGCUGUGGGUGCAGGAGAAGGAAAUUGAAGACUUGCCUCUUCCUAAUGUUGAGGAGGACAGCCUUGCUCAGCAGGCAGAACAGGUGAUCCAGCAGGGAUGGGGGGCUGUGAUGCGCUGGGGAGGCAGACUGAGCCAGAACCUCGCUGAGCUGAACCUGAAAAAGGAGGAGAUGAAGACAGAUCUGCCACAUCUCCAGGCCCAGGCAGCGAGUGACUUUGCGCCGGUCAGCAGUGGUGCUCAGGUUCCCUGGGGUCUGGGGCGGCUCUUUGGAGCCUCUAAAAGCCCCAAUAGCCCACCAGGUCACACACCACCAACCAGGCGUCCCUCUCAGUGGCUGGCCCCUGGUGUCACUGCACUAACCCGAAUGGUGAGCAGCAGCUCCACCCCGAUAAUAAGGAGGGCCCCGGAGCACCACGGAGAAAGUAAGCCAGAGUCAGAAAAAGAAGUAGAUGCACUGGAGAUGAAAGACAAACCCAGACCACUCAGGUCAGUACGAACGCUGUGUGACCACACUGGAGUAGGUUCGGAGCUCAGCUUCUGCAAAGGGGAGGAACUCGUGGUGUUAGGAGGAGUCGAUCAAGACUGGAUCCGCUGUCGUCAGGGAGACAAAGAGGGGCUCGUACCUAUUGGCUACACCUCCCUCAUCAUGUGACUUCGGCACCAUAACAGCUGCACUCAAUCAUUAAAAAAAAACAAAAUAAAAAAAUAUAUAUAUGUAUUUUAGGCGAGUAUUGAGAGGUUAUGGUGAGGCUCCACUACUCUGAAAGGGAUAUUUUACGCUUGCUUGGUUAGAGUUUGAGUUGAGUGCAUAACACCAUCUGUUCUGCUGUACGUGCAUCACAAGCAGUCUGCAGCCCUCUCCCUUUAUGAACAUAUGGCAGUUUUUUCUCCAUCACAAUCCACCCAGUUUGGUAGCAUUAAACUAAUGGAUUUAAACAGCAGGAAUGCAGCAGAUGGUGUGAAAUAAUGACUCAAGUCAAAUUUUGAUCAUUUCAUACUGGAAGACUUUUGAUCUCAGAGUGAAGUAUCUCUUUCAAUGUCCUUUUCUCAAUCUCUGCCUUCCUUGUCAGCCACUGAUCUGAGAAUGGUUACAGGGGAAAUUCUGUGCUACCAACCACGAGCAGAUUCAAGUGCUUUCAGAUCAGCGGCUGCCUGUUUUGAGGAGGCGACAGUCAACAGCCUGGUAAUAGCCACGUUAAUAUCUCUAGCCAUCAGCUGUAGAGAGUCGCGGCUCACAGGUUGUUGAGUGGAGAAAGCAUGUUAGAGUACUGGGCCGUAGCUCCUGUUGCAUACUGCGUAGUAAUGUAGUGAAUUGUAGCUGUGUAGAUCUGUGUUCUAUUGACCUCUCACCUUUAUCGCCUGGUUCAUGUGUGUUUGACAUGUUUCUGCUACUCUAUUUGACUGUAUAAAUAUACAUAAAAAAUAUAUAUAGGUAUAUAAAUUGAGAUGAUUGAUAUUACCAAGAUAGAUAAAUAGAUAGAUAGAUGAACAAGAGAAAGCAGAUAGUAAAACAUAAGCAGCAGCUUAAUACUGUGGCCACAUUGAGGAAGUAGAUGAUAAAAAAGCAAUGGAUUCAGUCUUUAUCUUUACAAGUUUACACACACAUUAAGUGGUUUAAUGAAAAACGGUAUAUGUGUUGUUUUAAGUACAAAAUCCAGUAUUUUCCCUCCUUCGUGCUUUAUGUAUUGCCAUUCUGACAUCAUAUUCAUACGAACUUCAGAUUUAGCUUCAUACCUUAAACACUGUAUGCAUUGUAAUGUGCCAUGAAUGCUUUGAAUGAAUGCCAGAAAAUAUCUAUCUAUCAGAUAUAGACACAGUUAUAGAAGAUAAUAUCAGACAACAGCAAUCUGUAGCUCAUCUCUCUACUCGUCCAGAGACCUCAAGGAGGCCAACAUUUGUUGGAAUAAACGCCUCACAAAACUAUGCUCAGCUCUUGUUCAACACUAUCUGACCUUAAAAUUGAAUGCAGUAAGAAAGUCCCAGAUGUGUAUGUAAUUCGUUAACGCUACUGUAAAGUCUGUGGGUUUGGUGGCUGGUCUUCACCUUGUACCUCAGCUUUUGUGUUUAUCCUUACCCUUCCUGCCAUGUUUGCUUAUCAUAAUCAUUGAUAUUAAUGAUGUGGUAGUGGUGGAAAUGAUAUGUUGAGUCUUAAUGUUGCCCAUAUGAAACACAUUGCUUUGUGUCAUAUAUUUAUUAGUUAUUCUGUAUUGAUGACUAUGCAUAUGGUGAAAUGUACAACCGGAAGCAUUUUGUUUGUUUUAAAGUCACGGUUUUGAUAUGUUGUUGUUGUUGUUGUUCUCAAGUUGACGCCUGAAGCCUAAAACAAUAGCGUAAAUAGUUAAAAGUUCGUAUGAACGAACCUGAUUUUAACUGGUCAGGAAAGGCUACUUGACCUCCAUUUAAUUCAGCAGGAAAGUUUCAUUGCUAUUGAUCAAUCAGGGAAAUCUCAGUUCUUCAAAGUUUCCUCAUGUUAUUGUGUCAAUGCCAUGUAGCAUGACAUUGCUGUCACUCUGGCAACUGUCCAGUAGCAUUAAGUUAAGCCAGUGUUCAUAACGUGUAAUUUAUGCUCACACAGAAGUAUAGAUAAAGGUAAACUAUCAGUUGACAUUAAAUUGUGUCGAUAAUUUCUUGUUUUGUUUGUUAUUAUAUUUUUUCAAACGUGAGGUUAUAGUCCAAAUGCAUUUGUUUGAAAGCUGUUAAUUUAUUGGAUGUACUAAUUAUUGAUCUUGAGGUUUCUGAAAGGAAUGGCUCUAUCUGACCCAUCUAGUGUCUCUCUAUCUAUCUGGGUUCAUAAUGUGCGUGUGUGUGCGCCCGAGUGAGCGUGCACAUGGCAGCGUAUGUGGUAGUGAAAGCAGACAUGAGUGUGAGCACAUCUGUGUGUCUUUCACUUGUGUGUGUGUGUGUGUGUGUGUGUAAGUGUAACAAUGAGUUCUGUACUUCCUCCUCCUCCUCCUCUCUUUUUCUCUCUGUUGUCAUGUAGCUUGUAGACAUCCCCGUGUCCUACUAUUGCACAUAGUUCAGUGCCCCUCUAGUGUCAGUCACUGUCCACCUCCUGCAUGUGCUUGUUUGUAAAUACACCAAAUAAAAUUAUCAGUAUGAACCAAA